AUGGAUUUUGUUGUGCGGUUAACACGGACUCCUCGGGGUAUGAAUUCAAUAUGGGUCAUUGUGGACCGAUUAACUAAGUCCGCCCACUUCCUACCAGUAAAAACUCAGUAUCAUGCAGAUAAAUUGGCGGUGAUUUAUGUGAAUGAAAUUGUGAAGCUUCAUGGUGUCCAGAACAUGGUGAGAACAAGGGCAGAAGAGCCAGAAUAUGCUAUUGCUGCACUGUUGGACAGGAUGGAGAGAAUGAUUAUGGAAAUGGCGGAGACCUUACGGGGGAUUACGGGGAGCAAUUCUGGAUCGAGUCAAUAUGUUGAAGCUACCAACCUUGUUGCUCAGAAUCGGAUCUCCGAGUGGAAAGGGAAAAGGCAGAAUAAUCAAUGGUCAAUGGGGUCAAGUAUUCCACCGGACAAGGAACAAAAUUUAGUGGCUUCAAAUACUUUUGCCCUUCGUCAGGAUACAAUUCCUGUUUGUUCGGAAUGUGGAAAGAAGCAUCGUGGGACGUGUCAAUGGAAGUCUGGAGCCUGUUAUCAGUGUGGAAAAAUGGGUCGUUUGAUCAAGGAUUGCCCUCAGAGAAAUCAACGAACUGGUAAUAGGGCUGCUACCAGUUCAGCGGGGUCUGCACCAACCGCCAACACCAAGUCAGCUGCCAAACCUACUAACAAUAAAGACACAGCAAGACUAGGCAGAGUGUUUGUAUUGGUUCCAGGAGAUGUGCAGAAUGCGGCAACAGUGGUAUCAGGUAUAUUUAUGGUUCACGGUCAUUCUGCUUGUGUAUUAUUUGAUUAUGGCUCUACUCAUUCCUUCGAAUCAAAAUUAUUUGCACAAAACUUAGAUAAAGCUGAAGAAAAACUGUCUUAUAUGUUGUGUGUGUCUUCACCUUUGGGAGACUCUAUGCUUUGCAUUUCUGUCUAUUUUGGUUGUGAACUUGAGCUUGGGGAUAUCCGGUUUCCACCCUGCGGGACAAUCAGAGUCUACCUUUCAGGGACAUGGAGUGACUUCUCCACGUUAUUUGAUUUCCGCAGUAAAGGCUUGUAA